GGUCCUUCCACUGAUCAUAUGACAAGCGCUCUUCGUGGAGGUAAAGCAAAAGUUUCGUAACUUGAGAAAGAUUUCAGAACCAUCUGCUUGUGGACGGUUUGUUUAUGGACUUUUCGCUAAACAUAUUCCUUAGCGUUUUCUAAGCGCAGAUGUGAGACACAACCCGUCGUUAUUUUCUGCGUCACCUUUUCGCCUGUGCCAAAAUCCUGAUUUUUCAAGAAUCCACACUAUUCGCUUGAACAACGGAAUAUCGACAAUUUUAGACCUAUUUUUCCUCCUACAGUCUUGAAGAAAGAGUCAUCAACAAGACCAAGAAAUCGCGUGAGGUCCACUUGUGCCAGCCAUGCUCAUGUAUGACUACCCACUAAAGGACAUGGAGACGUCGGUGUACCAGGGCUAUUCUUCAGUAAUGAAGCCUCAAGUGGAAGCUUAUAGUGUCAUCUUCCCUCCUCACAUGGGUCCCAGUGCUGCUGGUCAUCUCUAUCCAUCUCAGUACCCAAGUCACACUCACUAUCACUACCCUCUUCAGACGUACUCUAGCCCCCACCAGUCUGAAGCCCUGCCCCCCUCUAGCACGCAGGUGGAGCCAGUCGAUCUGUCUCUCAGUAAGCGCUCCUCAUCCUCCUCUCCUUCCUCCUCCUUCUCCCCAUCCUCUCCGUCCUCCACUCGAAGCUCUCUUUCACCUCCGCACACGUACAGCAGCCCGCACACACACACCAGCACACACUCCCUCUCCCAGACACUCACCUGCUCCAGCUCCAGCUCCUGCUCCAGCUCCCCCAAGCCCAGGCACCAGUCUUCAGCAGCCAUGGCCAUGUCCUUUUCAGCCAUGAUGCCCGUCUUGCAUGCCCCCUCCGGAAUGAUCCCUGUCAUUCUGCCCAUCAUGUAUCCCUCUACUAUGCACCCACCGAUCAUGCUCUCUGCAGUUGCCACUGAUGACCAGCAUGGCGGGCCAGUUGUAUCCUCACACAAGAACGCCUCCAUGAAAUCUCCUAAUUAUUCAAAUGACAUGGAACCAGUGAAAAUCAAAUCCGAGCCUGGCUUUGAAAGCUCCCCAGAACCCUACGAUGAGGAAAUAACAUCAUCAGUGAUCAGCAGACAGCUUUCUUAUGAAAAAAACACUCCUUCUGUGAUCAUGCGUCCUGUCAAAGCUCGGCAUGUGGAGUCCCCAGAUCCGCUGAAGAAACGGCGCAUCCAUCGGUGUGACUUUGGGGGCUGCAAUAAAAUCUACACCAAGAGCUCCCACCUGAAGGCCCACAGGCGCACUCAUACAGGAGAGAAGCCAUACAAGUGCAUGUGGGAGGGCUGCACGUGGAAAUUUGCACGUUCGGAUGAGCUGACGCGACACUUCCGCAAACACACCGGUGUCAAGCCCUUCCAGUGCCCGGACUGUGAGCGCAGCUUCUCCCGCUCCGAUCACCUGGCCCUGCACAGGAAGCGCCACCUGCUGGUCUGACCAGUGACCACAGGGCCCCCUUCCGCUGCUUCUCCUGUAGAUAUUCAACCCCUGAGCCAUCCUCUACCACUGACAUGAGCAGAGUGGAUCUGUUCGUGCUCAAAGGUCCUCGUUCAAAAAUGCAGUAACUUCUCUCCAUAUAUCUUUCAUCUCAUUCUUGUCAUUUUACUUAUGUGUGCUUUGUUACCGUUAAUAUUUGCAGUUUGGCAGUUGUGAACUUCCUCUGCUGGUCAGAGGACAGACACAUACACAGAGAUACACAACUUACCGUGCACACGAUAAUACACAGGCACACAGAUACAAGAACAACAUUUACAACAUUUGAGUCAGACAUAAACAGUGUGAAUCUUGUUUUUAUCAUGUACACAAAAUAAUUUGGGUCACUCACUAAGUGCUGUUUUCUAUUAUUGCUAAUUGUUCAAGACCUUCUCAUCACAAUAACUGAUUAUCUUCCACCUGCCUAUUUGAAUGGGUGAUUUUGAAUAUAGAGAUUUCCUUGGGAGUGUGUGAGUGAGUGUGAGUGUGAGUGCAAUCCUCAUGUAGAAUAGAACUAAUCAUAGAGUAUAACACCAUCAGCCACUUUUCUUGCGUAAUGCAUCUUUAUUUGUAAGUCAAGAUUUUUAGUUGCCGAAAAUGAUAUUUUAUUAUUAUUUGUCUACAAUAUGUCCACAUCUGUUCAUGAUCUAUUUAUUUUAGGUCACAUCAGACUAUGUAUGGCUCAUCGUAUCUAUUACCUGAAGGGAAAACGGCAUUGACUUGUAAUUCAAAAUGUGAAAUAUUUCUGAAAGGGCAUUAUUGUCAGUUAAUGAACUGAAUGUUUUGGUAUUGUUUUGGUUGUUGUGCAUAUUGCUUUAUGUGUGUAUAUGACACUUGUAGUAUGUAAAGGAAUCGUGGAAAACAGGGAGAUGCCUUUAAUGACGUUUGUGCUAAUACUUUAGGACCAUUUCCGAGGAAGACAUUUGUCAUUGUGAUGGAUUAUGUGCACUUUAAAACUUUUUAAAACUUUUUAGAAGCCAAGGUCUUCUGAUAUGUUUGAAAUGUUGCAUUUCUGAAUGCUUUUGGAAGGUAAUACUCAGUCACAACUACAUCACUUCUUCAUUCAAUAUGUCACUUCUAUUUAAACAAAGGAUUGUUUUGCAAUAUAUCUUCCAAGAGGGUGAAUUUCAGGAUAGGUGCCUGAAAUGGAUAGGUGCUUUGAAAGAGUAACAGUCCAGGCAGAAAUUAGGGAGCGGGAAACAUCUAUGUCUGAGGUAAAUCCCAAAAGUCACAGCAGCAAAAUAAUGCAGAACUGUAUAAGACUUAUAACACAAUUUUACAUUUUUUAUAAUAGAAAUUAUAAUAUAUUUUUAUAGAAUGAUAAUACUGAAGUGGUGAGAUGUUUUUUUAUUUUAUUAAUUGCAUGAUUUUGAUUUUUUUUUUUACCUGAAAUUACAAGUAUACAUUUCUUUCAAGAUGUGAAUCCUAAAACAUAUAUUUUCACAGUUCAGAGGGAAUGGAUUCUUAUCAUUGUACUAAACUGUGAAUGGCUUAUAUACUGUACAGGUGCAUAUGGUUUUUAUUGUCACAAUAAACAUGUAUUGAUAAUG